UCACUAUCUUACCCCCAAUCACCACCAUCACCAAUUUUAAUUCCAACUCCAGAAAAUUAUCAAGAUUUAGUUAAACCAAUCACAUUAGAAAAUGCAACUGCAAUUUUCAACACCGUGUUAGCAGCACUAAGACCAAAACAUUCACAAUUGAUUCCUAAUGGUGUUAGUUUCAUUCCUGCUUAUAUCCCUCAAGGCUCAUUAUUAUACCAUGGUAAUAACAAUGGUGAAAUCCCAAAAGGUUUAGAAUGGGUAGCAUUUGAUCAUGAAUUCAGUAUGAAUUUUAUUGACCAUAGAUUUGGAAUGGGUGGUCCUCCUGGAUUCAAUGGUUCCAAGCCAGGUCAUGGUCCAAAGCAUGGGAAACAUAAAGGUCCACCACCAAUGGAAGUCGACGAGAGAGGCCCACCACCACCACCACACAAAGGAGGACCAGGUAAUAAAGGACCGUUUGGACCAGGUAAAGACCGUCAAGAUCAUCCAUCAAUGUUGACUUUCCAAGUUGUCAAGCCGUUAGAUAAGAUGAUUUUAUUGGAUGGUUCAAGUGCAGCAAAAUCAAGAACUGGUGAAAUGGAUACACAAAUGGUUUUAGCUCGUGCAGGUGUUAAUGAAACAAUGAGAGAAUAUGAAGCUGCUGAAAAGAUAUGUAAAUGGGGGAAACCAUUUGGAAUUGAUGGAUAUAUAAGAGUUGAAGUUGGGUUUGAAGCUGUUAUUUGUGAUUUCCAUUCAGAAAAAUUGAAAUUGAUCUCAAAUGUUACAAUUGAAAGGGCUCAAGAAUCAUUGAAGUUCCCAUUAGAAGAUGGUGAUGAUAUUAGUGCAGAGGAGAAACACAUUUUGGAUAGGAUAUAUGCUACUGCUGGUUAUGAACAAGUUAAACAAGGUAAUGUUCAUGAUAAACGUGAUGGUAGAAUUUUAUUGGACUUUAGAGGAUUGGUUACACCUUUGAAUAGAACUUGGGUCAAUCCAGAUCCUUAUUUACGUCGGAUCAACAAUGUAUCAAGUGAUUUACAAGAUGAAUUGAUUCAAGAUUUAGGAAGCUAUAUGUCAAGUGAACUUAAUCCAUAUCUAGGCACUGAUUGGCAAUUGGUUGCUGAUGAAAUAAUUGAUAAACUUGCACCGAUGCUGAAACAGUUGAAUGAUUCUUUAUCAAACUUGUCACAGAGCUCUAAGGAUGAAGAAAUACUUGAAUCUGCAACCAAUUGUUCUGUAUUGACUUCAGAUUUUGUUAGAAGAUUUGCAGAUUUUGAUAUCAAAGAUAAACAUGUUAGAUUUGAAAAGGCUAAAAAGCAAGCAACAUACCAAUACUCACAUCCUUUACAACAUCUACAAUCAGAAUCAGAUGUUCUAAUAUGGUCAUCAAUAACACAUAUCACUUCAAAAGUUGUUGAUACCAUUUUUGAGAUUUCAAAGCAUAGUGGGAAAGUUGUGAUUGCAGGUUAUGUUGAAAAAACUCCACUUGGAAAAUAUAAAGACUCAUUGCUUGCAUCUCAAGAAAAUCUAAACUCAUUACUUGAGACAUUGAAUUGGCCAAUCUAUUAUGAAUGCGACAGAUUAUGUGGAUGGAAUGAAGUUUGUUAUACACCUUCUUGGGGCCCAAAUCCACUGAGUUCUUGGGGGAAAGAUGUUUUCGGAACAAUUACGAAGGAAGGUGAAACAAGAGCAAGAGUGGUGAGUCCAUUACAAUGUAUCAGUGUUGACACUAUUCUG